CUCAUGUACUGUCUUAUCAGAAAACAUUGUGUGCUACGUAGAUUGAAUGCAAGGUCAUUUUUUCGACACGAUUCAUUCAGUUCCAUACAAGAGGCUCCGUUGAACAUAUUAAUCGGAAGUAUGGUGCUCCUCGCGAGAAUCGCCAAGUGCGAGGCACGGUUUGUCAUCAGAUCCUACAGUAAUGCUGCUCCGACGGUCAAAAUGUACAUCGAUGGGCAAUUCGUAGAAUCAAAAAGUACAGAAUUCACGGAUGUCCAUGAUCCAGCGACGAAUCAGUUGCUAUGCCGCACUCCAAAAUGCACGAAGGACGAAAUGGAAAAUGCGGUGCAGAGUGCACGGAAGGCAUAUGAGAAGUGGCGGUACACAAGCGUGCUAACGAGACAAAAUUUGAUGCUAAAAUAUCAGGCUCUCAUCCGUGAACACUCGAAAGAAAUUGCGCAGAAUCUUGUGAAGGAAAAUGGAAAGACUAUGGCUGACGCAGAAGGAGAUGUGCUUCGAGGUCUUCAGGUCGUCGAUGCCUGCGCGUCGAUUCCGACACUCCAGAUGGGUGAAUCCACGGCCAACAUUGCUACAGACAUGGACAUCAUCUCGUACAAAGUUCCCCUCGGCAUUACUGCAUCUAUUUGUCCCUUCAACUUUCCUGCCAUGAUACCGCUUUGGUCGUUCCCAAUAUCGGUCGCAUGCGGGAACGCCGCAAUUCUGAAGCCAUCGGAGCGGGUACCAGGUGCGUCUAUGAUCCUCGCUGAUCUCUUUACGAAAGCCGGUGCACCAGCUGGUCUUUUAAACAUAAUACACGGUCAGCACGCAGCCGUGGACUUCAUUUGCGAGCAUCCUGAUAUCAAGGCUGUUUCCUUCGUCGGUUCUGAUCAAGCGGGUAAAUACAUCUACAAGCAGAGCAGCGCACAUGGCAAAAGGGUACAAUGCAAUAUGGGUGCCAAGAAUCAUUGCAUCGUCUUGCCAGACGCAAAUAAGAACAAGACGCUGUCGCAAAUUGCCGGUGCGGCUUUCGGAGCCGCCGGGCAACGGUGCAUGGCACUUUCGGUGGCCAUUUUCGUAGGCAAAUCUAAAGAAUGGAUACCCGAAUUAGUCGAAGCGGCAAAGAGAUUAAAAGUAAACGCUGGUCACGUGCCCGGCACCGAUCUCGGACCUGUUAUAUCGUCCCAGGCGAAGCAGAAAAUUUGCGAACUGGUAGAAUCCGGUGUUAAAGACGGCGCGAAAUUGGUUCUCGACGGAAGAGGUAUCAUUGUACCCGGCUAUCAAAAUGGAAACUUCGUUGGACCCACCGUGUUAACCGAUGUUAAGCCUACGAUGAAGUGUUAUACGAACGAAAUAUUCGGGCCCGUUUUAUCAUGCAUGUUCGCCGACACUACCGAUGAAGCCAUCGACAUCAUCAAUAAAAAUCCUUAUGGCAAUGGCACGGCAGUUUUCACGACAAAUGGCGCGACAGCUAGGGCAUUCGUGAACAAAAUCGAAGCUGGCCAAGUUGGCGUUAAUGUACCCAUACCAGUACCCCUACCAAUGUUCAGCUUUACGGGUAACAAGGGUUCCUUCCUCGGCGAUAACCAUUUUUAUGGGAAAUACGGUGUAAAUUUUCAUACGCAAACGAAGACAAUAACUCAAUUAUGGAGAUCCGAUGAUGCUAGCGAUAUAAUAUCAUCGACUGCGAUGCCUACAAUGCAAUAAGACUGUAAUUGUGUAUAAUUGUACAAUAUAACAAACUAUUGUUCAAGUCUUUCCAAAUUUUACAAGUGUAGCUGUAUAAAGCUCAUUUCUGCAAAUUCGUUACGCAGUUAUAAACGAUGUCUUCCAUUUUAUUACAUACAAAUCUAUUACUAUAAAUGAAUGUAUUGUUAUAAGUUAAAUAAACUAUAUAUAUUUUUUAUAGUUUAAUAAAAUAUAGUCCAUCUCUCUUGAAAA